AUGUGGUACGUCAGUACUCGGGGGAUGGCCCCACGGGUUGACUUUGAAGGGGCCCUUUUCUCUGGCUAUGCUCCGGAUGGGGGCCUCUACAUGCCCGAGGAGCUGCCUCAGCUGGACAGAGAGACCCUGCGUCAGUGGAGUGUGGUCUCCUACCCCAGCCUGGUGAAGGAGCUGUGUAGCCUCUUCAUUGGCCCCGAGCUCAUUCCAAGAGAUGACUUAAACGAUCUGAUCGACCGAGCCUUCAGCAGAUUCCGACACAAAGAGGUGGUCCAUCUAUCCAGAUUGAGGAAUGGGCUGAACGUGCUGGAGCUGUGGCAUGGGGUCACCUAUGCGUUUAAGGACCUGCCCCUGUGCUGCGCAGCACAGUUCCUGCAGUACUUCCUGGAGAGGAAGAAGAAGCACAUCACCGUGGUUGUAGGAACUUCUGGGGACACAGGGAGUGCAGCCAUCGAGAGUGUUCGGGGGGCAGAGAACGUGGACCUCAUCGUUCUGCUGCCCAAAGGUUGCUGCACAAAGAUUCAGGAGCUCCAGAUGACGACCGUGCUGAGAGAGAAUGUCCACGUGUUUGGAGUGGAGGGGAACAGCGAUGAGCUGGACGAGCCCAUCAAGGCCGUGUUUGCCGACGUGGCCUUCGUCAAGGAGCACAAUCUGAUGAGUCUGAAUUCAAUCAACUGGUCCCGGGUCCUCGUGCAAAUGGCCCACCACUUCUUCGCUUAUUUCCGGUGUGCACCAGCCUUAGACUUGCACACACCGCCCCCCGUGGAGGUGGUUGUACCAUCGGGGGCUGCCGGUAACCUCACAGCUGGGUUCAUCGCUCAGAAAAUGGGCCUGCCUAUCCACCUGGUCGUGGCAGUGAACGACAAUGACAUCAUCCACAGGACCAUCCAGCGGGGAGACUUCUCUCUGUCUGAGGCCGUCAAACCAACCUUGGCAUCAGCUAUGGACAUUCAGGUGCCAUACAACAUGGAGAGGAUCUUCUGGCUGCUAUCUGGUUCUGACAGCCAGGUGACAAGAGCCCUCAUGGAGCAGUUUGAAAGCACCCGAAGUGUGAGUCUACCCAAGGAGUUGCACAGCAAGCUUUCAGAGGCUGUAGUGUCUCAGUCAGUGUCAGACGAGACCAUCACCCAGACCAUGCGCCGCUGCUGGGAAGAGAACCAGUACUUGCUGUGCCCCCACUCGGCCGUGGCCGUGAGCUACCAUUACCAGCAGGUGGACAGGCGGCAGCCCAGCCCUCCCCGCUGUUGUCUGGCUACCGCCUCUGCAGCCAAGUUCCCGGAGGCCGUGCUGGCUGCCGGGCUGACCCCGGAGACUCCCGCGGAGAUCCUCGCCCUGGAGCACAAGGAGGCGCGCUGUACCCCGAUGCGGAAGGGUGACGAUUGGACGCGGAUGCUUCGGGGCCUGAUUGAGGACCUGAGCCGGCAGCGGCAGGGGCGCUUCCGGAAAGCGCCGGCAUAG